AUGGACGAAAUUAAGUCAGAAGAAAAGCGAGUGGUACCAUCUCAGGUAUCCCCGGAAGGCCGCGAAACUGGGAAGGCCAUUGCCAUCGAUGACUUUGAAGUUGGCCAGUUUUAUGGCUCUUCUACCACUCAAACCUACCGAUUGAAGUCUGCCUUGGUUGGAAAAUGUAUGGAAGAAAUUGGCAUGGGAAAAUUCCAAUGGAAGCUUUUCGUCGUCACUGGGUUUGGUUGGAUUGUCGACAACUUUGCAUCACAAGGCAUUGGCAGUGUUCAGCCACCCAUCGAAAAAGAGUUCUCUGACAUUACUAAAGUCAGCUACAGCUCGGUCGCAUAUUAUGUUGGUCUCAUCCUUGGUGCCUCUUUUUGGGGUCUGUCUAGUGAUCUGAUUGGUCGUCGACCGGCAUUUAAUUGCACUCUUCUCAUAGCAGGAAUAUUUCUCUGUGCCGUUGCUGGCUCUAUGAACUUCAUUGCUUUCAGCGCUAUGUGGGCUGUUAUUGGAACUGCUGCUGGUGGAAAUGUACCUGUGGACUCUAUGAUUUUUCUGGAGUUUGUUCCUGGAAGCCACCAGUAUCUCCUCACUGCCCUCUCAGCCUGGUGGAAUCUAGGUCAAUUGAUUGUCUCGUUGCUCGCAUGGGUAUUUUUGGCAAACUUUAGCUGUCCAACAGAUGCCACCCCGGCCAAUUGUUCGCGGAAAGAUAACAUGGGAUGGAGAUACACCACGAUCACCCUUGGAGGUCUAGCACUAGCCUUCACCUUUAUUCGUAUAUUUUUGUUCAAGAUGCCCGAAACCCCAAGAUAUCUUUUGUCCCAGGGCCGAGAUCAAGACGCCGUGGAUGCAGUAAACUAUGUCGCUAGACAGAACGGCAAACCCGAACCACUGACUAUAGACAUGCUCCAUGAGAUUGACAUCCUGCUGACUGGGACACCAUGUGAAAAGGGAACCAUCAAAAAGCUCUCCACCAAAGAGGUUGUUGCAGAAAGCCUUUCAUCUUUCCGGGGCGAGCAUUACCGAUCUUUGUUCGCCAGUAGAAAACUUGCCAUACAAACCCUAAUGAUCUGGACAAUCUGGCUGACUGUCGGCAUUGCCUACCCGCUCUACUUCAACUUUCUCCCAUCUUAUCUUGCCAAGAAGUUUACCUCAAACUCUUCUCUCUACCUGACCUACCGAAACUACUGCAUUGAAUCAGCUGUCGGAGUUGUAGGCCCUCUUUCUGCUGCCUUCUUCGUCAAUACCAGACUUGGUCGGCGAUGGAUGAUGUCCAUUUCGUCAAUCCUCACAGCCGUGUUCCUCUUCGCCUACGUUGGCGUAACCAACACAACCUCAAGCCUCGCAUUUUCAUGCAUAACCGGACUAUUGGCAAAUUUCGAAUAUGCUGUCAUGUAUGCUUUCACCCCUGAAUCAUUCCCUGCUCCUCAUCGUGGAACAGGAGCUGGUACUGCGGCUUCACUGCUACGAUUGGGAGGUCUUGUAGCUAGUUUGAUAUCAUCUCAGACUGGGUUUACCAGUGCUCCGAUCUAUGUGAGUGCUGCAUUAUGGGUGGCAGUGGGAGUUUUCUGCAUCGGGCUUCCUUUUGAAACCCAUGGUCACGAUUCUUUGUGA